CCUGGGGUCUCAGCUGGGACGCUUGCAGUGCAGCUAGCAAGAGGGUGCGGGACUUGAAACGUCGCGUGCGCUCACCCAAGCAGGGAAGCGCUAGCGGCAUGCUGGACCUGAACGACCGCCGAACGCUGCUGCUGUGCGGCGCCGCCACGGCGGGAGCCGCCACCGUGUGGCUGGCUCGGCGGCAGCUCACCUCAUCAGCCCUCCAGGCCUCCUCCGCUCCCACGAGCUUCGAGUCUUACCUGAGGAACAAGGACGUGGGUAGGAAGGCGGCGCCGCCGCAGCGGUUCGCGGCCACCAGCUUCGAGGCCUACCUGCGCCAGCCGUCCGCGACCGUUGCGGCGGCGGCGGCAGCUCCCACCGCGGCGGCAGCAGCCGCCUCGGCUCCAGCUGCACCCCCUGCCGACGCCAAGCCCGUCACAGUGCUGUACGGCACUGAAUACGGCUUCAGCAGGGAGGUGGCGGAGCGGGCCUGCGACGCGCUGCGCGGCGCCGGAUUCUGGCCGCAACUGCUCGACAUGGCAGGCCUGCCGCGCGGCCUGCCCGCCCUGGCCAGCCACCAGGCGCUGCUGGUGGUGUGCUCCACCCAGGGCGACGGCGUGCCACCCACAGAGGCCCGCGACUUCUGCGAAUGGCUGGCCGGCAGCGGCGCGCCGCAGCUUGGCGGCGCCGUGCGCUUCUCGGUGUGCGCGCUGGGCGACAGAUCUUACCAGCACUUUUGCCGUUGCGGCCACACCCUUGAUGCGCGGCUGGAGGCUCUGGGAGCUGCACGCCUGGCGCCACGCGUAGACGUUAACCGGGAGGACUUUUCUGCCAUCGACGGCUGGGUGGAAAGCGUGCUAGAGGCGCUGCGCCGCGAGCCGCUCAAGACGGUGGCAGAGCUCGGCGGCUGCGACGCGCUGGCGGCGGCCCCCGCAGCGCAGCAGGGCGCCAAGAGGUGGGGCAAGAGCCGGCCUUUCAUGGGGCGGGUAGUGGCGGUGGAGGCUCUGUGCACGCUGGGUGGCGGCGACGACAAGAACACGGUGCGGGUGGAGGUGGAUCUGGGGGACUCGUGCCUAGAGUAUGCUCCCGGCGACGCGCUGGGCAUCUGGCCGACCAACUGCCCGCAGGCGGUAGAGGAGCUGCUGGGUGUGCUGGGCGCUGACGGCGACCAGCUGGUGCCGCUGGAGCACCCUCGCCGCGUGCAGGCCACCGUGGCCGUGCUGCGGUACUCCAGCCUGGGCCGCGGCCGCCUGGGGGUGUGCUCCACGUAUGUGGGGGAGCGGCUGGCGGCGGGGCAGCAGCUGGCUGUCUACAUCCACCGCAACCCAGACUUCAGGCUGCCUGCUGACCCCGCCACGCCCAUCAUCAUGGUGGGACCCGGCACUGGGCUGGCGCCCUUCCGCUCGUUCAUGCUGGAGCGCAUCCUCGGGGCGCAGGCGAGCGGCGCGGGCUUCGGGCCCUGCCUGCUCUACUUUGGCUGCCGCCGCCGCGACCAGGACUACCUGUACGGCCCUCUGCUGGAGGGCUGGGCGGCAGAGGGCAAGCUCACGCUCUUCACCGCUUUCUCGCGGGAGCAGGCCGCCAAGGUGUAUGUGCAGGACCGGCUAGCAGCCAGCGGGCCGCAGGUGUGGCGCCUGCUGGAGGCGGGGGCUCACUUCUACGUGUGUGGCGAUGCCGGUUCCAUGGCGGGGGCUGUGGAGCGCCAGCUGCUGCACAUCAUCGAGGAAGGGCAGGGGCAGGGCCCCGCCGCCGCGCAGGCCUACCUGGCGCGCCUGGCCGAGGAGCAGCGGUACCAGCGCGACGUGUGGCUGUCGUGA